CCAUUAGCUGUGUGUAGUUGCCCGGGACUAGGAGCUUAAGUGAAGAGGGAAGAAUUACUCGGUGGAAAUCAACCGUGGCCAUGGGCUUUUGCCGGGGCUAGACCUAGAGUUCAGAGCAAACGGGCUUUUUGGUUUCCCGCCCUGCCGAGUAGCGGGGCCUACUAGGCCUCCGGGCAUCCCCGGUCUCAAGUAGGCCUCGUCUGCCGGCAAGGGCGCCCCAAAGGCGGGAGGCGCCAUGUCGCUGGUUGCUUACGCCAGCAGCGAUGAGAGUGAGCCGGAUGAGGCUGAGCCGGAGCCAGAGGAAGAGGAGGCAGAGGCCCCUACAUCUGGGCCCGCUUUAGGGGGCUUGUUCGCUUCUCUCCCUGCACCUAAGGGUCCGGCCUUGCUGCCCCCGCCCCCCCAGAUGCUGGCCCCAGCCUUCCCCCCGCCGCUGCUGCUGCCCCCACCCGCCGGAGACCCCAGGCUCCAGCCUCCUCCCCCGUUGCCCUUCGGCCUGGGCGGCUUCCCCCCACCUCCAGGCGUGAGCCCUGCAGAAGCGGCGGGAGUCGGGGAGGGGCUGGGAUUGGGGGCGCCCUCGCCCCGAGGCCCUGGCGUCAGUCUGCCCCCCCCUGUCGGCGGUGCCGGGCCCACCCUGGGGCUUCCCAAGCCAAAGAAGAGGACGGAGCCCGUGAAGAUCGCGGCGCCGGAGCUGCACCAGGGGGAUUCAGAUUCCGAGGAAGAUGAACCCACAAAGAAGAAAAUUGUUCUUCAGGGAUCCGGUGAGGGGACUGGUUUGUCUGCCUUGCUUCCCCAACCUAAAAACCUGACUGUGAAAGAGACUAACAGGUUGCUCCUGCCCCACGCCUUCUCCCGGAAACCCUCGGAUGGCCCCUCUGAGACUAAGCCCUCCAGACUGGGUUCUAAGACCAAGCCUUCCUCUCUUGCCCCUGUUGUGGGCACUACAACCACCACUCCGUCGCCCUCUGCCAUCAAGGCUGCCGCCAAGAGUGCUGCCCUGCAGGUGACGAAGCAGAUCACGCAGGAGGAGGAUGACAGCGACGAGGAAGUAGCCCCCGAGAACUUUUUCUCCCUCCCUGACAAGGCUGAGCCGCCGGGAGUCGAGCCAUACCCUUACCCUCUCCCCGCUGUCCCUGAAGAGCUGCCUCCAGGCACGGAGCCAGAGCCCGCUUUCCAGGACGACGCAGCCAAUGCCCCCCUUGAAUUCAAGAUGGCGGCAGGCUCGAGUGGGGCUCCUUGGAUGCCUAAGCCUGGGGACGACUACGGCUACAAUCAGUUCUCCACAUACGGCGAUGCCAAUGCUGCUGGUGCUUAUUAUCAGGAUUAUUACAGUGGUGGCUACUAUCCUGCACAGGACCCGGCCCUGGUUCCCCCCCAGGAAAUCACCCCUGAUGCCUCCUUCAUCGAUGACGAAGCAUUUAAGCGGCUACAGGGCAAGAGGAACCGGGGGAGGGAGGAAAUCAACUUCGUGGAGAUCAAAGGUGAUGACCAGCUCAGUGGGGCCCAGCAGUGGAUGACCAAGUCGUUGACGGAAGAGAAGACCAUGAAGUCGUUCAGCAAAAAGAAAGGUGAACAACCAACAGGCCAGCAGCGGCGGAAACACCAGAUCACGUAUCUGAUUCAUCAGGCUAAGGAGCGGGAGCUGGAGCUGAAGAACACCUGGUCGGAGAACAAGCUCAGCCGCCGUCAGACCCAAGCCAAAUACGGAUUCUAGGGCUCUGGAGCUGCUCGCCCCCAGGACCGCCUGCCAGCCCAGCUGGCCUGGCCCCCGGCGCAGCCUCUGGGACCCCAGCUGCUCCAAGCCCAGGACCUCGCUCCCUGAGGACCCAGCCCUCGCCUCUGCGAGAAUGAACAUAUUUGAUAGAUUUUUCUUACCACAAGUUAGAAAAUUCAGCUCCUUUCUGUCUUGGAGCUAGCAAAGGCUCGAGCCAUGCCUAAGGGGAGGCGCUGAGGUCCAGGACGGGCGCUCUGCUCCCUCUGCGUGUGUUGAGAUGGUGACCCCUCCCCGCUACUUUUUUUUUUUUUUUUAAACCAGGGAUGUCUGUUCAAAUAAAACCUUCAGUCUGA